AUGGUUUCUUACCGUUGUUUUUGGCCACCCAAUGCUGCAACCUGUAGGAGUCUCUGGACUUCUCUCAAGAAUAUCCAAAGUUCCAUCCAGCGUAAGUGGGCUGUAGUGGGGGAAUUUAAUGCAAUUUCUCAACCAGAGGAUCAUUGUGGAAGGAGCUUAUGUGGUCAUGUUAGAGUAGAUAGAUCUUUCAGAGAUUGGAUUGCUGAUAGUGGCAUGAUCGAUAUUGGUUUUAAGGGACCACAUUUUACAUCGUUUAAAUCAGAUCACUACCCGCUACUUUGCAAAUUAGAUAAUUCUCGUACUCCAGGGCAUUCUACACUGCCUUUUCACUUUUUCAUACCGUGGGUCCUGGAUGAUGUGUUUUCGGCACUUGUACAUGAGAAAUGGGUAGUGGGAAAUGAUUGUUUAUUAGAAAGGCUUGAGAAAAUUCAAAGGGAGCUUUGGUUUGAUCUUAAGAAGAUUCUAUCACAAGAGGAGGCGAUGUGGCUUCAAUAUUCACGAUCUUCUUUGCACGCCAACGGGGAUCACAAUACUCACUUCUUCUAUGUGAUGGCUAAUGGUAGGAAGAGAUGGAAUAGAAUUAAGGCUCUUAAACUUCAAUCAGAGGAAUGGCCAUACAACUCGCAUGAGAUCAUAGCUAUGGGUAGUAAAUUUUUUGAAGACCUCUACACGGAGACCAGGGCAGACUAUCGCCCUCUCUCCUACGGGUUCACCUACCCUCCUAUUGAUGCUAGAUAG